ACAUUGGCUUUCAUAAUAGAAACAUCAGGGGCCGUAUUUACUGCUUCUUGCAACGGAAACCAUUCACCGGGAAAAAGAAGAGACAGAGCUUAGCAUUUCCUAAAAAACUAGAUUUUGUUUUGCAACAAAAUCGACGGAUUGAAUACACCAGUUAUAAAGGUCAUGCCCUUGUUAGCUACUAGCUGGUGCUAAUAAGUAUAUUAAUCAGUCGGUUUAAGUGGUUAAAACAUUAUAAAUGAAAGUUUCAGAGUUCAUUUUACUGUCACAGGCAUGGGAAGCAAUUUCUAAGGUGACCCUGAUUAAGGUUUAGGAGACACUUCAUCUACACUCUGAUGUUGGGACAGUAGUCAACAGUUAAGACUGCUUCUUUCUCUAUCCUGGUCAGUUGUCCUCCCUGUGUUGCUGGUACCGUGUGUUUCAAACCAUGGCCCGGCACAGUAAGUUACAGAAACAGGUGUUGUCUCUGUACCGGCAGUUCCUAAGGGCUGGCCAGACCAAGCCAGGCUUUCUACCCAGGAUCCGGGAUGAGUUCCGUCAGAACUCCAACAUCAAGAAGACUGAUGUCAUGCACAUAGAAUACCUUUACCGGCGUGGACAGAGACAGCUAGACCAGCUGAAAGAUGUUAACACAAAGCAGCUAGGAACUUUUUCAAAACCACAGGCAGAGAGCUGACCAAAACCACUACCUGAACAACCUGUGCUGUAUCUGCCUCUAGGAAUGUGGAUAAUAAACUGACACGUUAUGGAAUAACGUCAUUCCAAAAGCAUUCAUUCAUUCAUGCCACUGAGUUAAUUGUUUUAAGCAAUGGGUAUGUAUCUGAACUGCAGCACUUUAUUCCGUCAGAAAGGUUGACACCACUGAUGAUGAUUAACUUUGGCCAUUGAGGUGGGAUUUUGCAGAUCAGUUGCUCUAGUGGUCAAUGUUGUUAAAAUAUUUUCAACUGUUAAGUGUUUUGGAUCAAUGAUAAAUAAAUCAGUAUUUGUAGUGAAUUUGA